AACGGCUUUGUGGCAACUUCCAAACACGUUACUGUUACUUUGUGGCUGCGAGCAGCUGAGAUGGACCAGAUCAAGGAUGGGUGGUUCACCGAGUCCUGCACCCUGUGGCCGGGCCAGGCGAUGAGCCUCCAGGUGGAAGAGGUCCUCUACCACAAGAAGUCCAAAUUCCAGGAUGUUAUGGUUUUCAAGAGUAAAACCUACGGGAAUGUGUUGGUGCUGGAUGGAGUGAUCCAGUGCACAGAGAGAGAUGAGUUCGCCUAUCAGGAAAUGAUUGCCUACCUUCCUCUGUGCAGCCACCCAUGCCCCAAGAAGGUGUUAAUUAUUGGUGGAGGUGAUGGAGGCGUGCUGAGGGAAGUGGUGAAGAACCCACUGGUGGAGUCGGUGGUCCUCUGUGAGAUAGAUGAGGACGUCAUUAACGUAUCAAAGAAGUACCUCCCAGGGAUGGCCAAAGGAUUCUUCAGCCCCAAGCUCACCCUCCAUGUUGGAGAUGGCUUUGAAUUCAUGAAAAAGAACCAGGAUGCCUUUGACAUCAUUAUAACCGAUUCCUCAGACCCAGUUGGACCUGCUGAGAGUUUGUUUAAGGAGUCUUACUAUCAACUGAUGAAGGCAGCAUUGAGAAGUGGAGGGAUUCUUUGUUCUCAAGGGGAGUGUCAGUGGCUCCAUUUGGAGCUGAUAAAGGAGAUGCAGACUUUCUGCAAGACCCUAUUCCCUGUGGUUGACUAUGCCUACAGCACCAUCCCCACGUACCCCAGUGGCCAAAUUGGCUUCAUGCUCUGCAGCAAAAAUCCUGAAACAAAUUUCAAGGAACCCGAAAAGGCACUGACACAAGAAGAAAUGGAAAAUAUGAAUCUUAAAUAUUACAAUCCUGAAAUUCACAAAGCGUCGUUCGUCCUCCCAGAGUUUGCAAGAAAGGUCCUCAAUGAAGCAUGACCAGCACCGCCGGGCCCUCACGGUCUCCACCUGACCCUCAGCCCACAGUAAACCCUGUCCUCCACCUCUCCACCUCCUCAUCAUAGUUCAGCAUCACUCAAAACAGGGAAAUCAAUUGACAGGACAUUGCUGAGUUACUCGGACAAACCAAAAGUUUGGUUAUUCUUCCUCUAAACUUACAUGAUCCUGAUGUUAAGUUAUUGUCGUGGUCUACUCUUUUUUUUCUCUCUCUUUCAAUUUUACUCUGUAAAUCUGUUAUAUCUGCUUUUAUGAACAAAGUGAUGCGCACAUCCGAAUGGGUAAAGCACCAUCAUCACACCUUACGUCACUUUGUUUUAUCUACACGUGAUACAUGUUGCAUACCACAUAGAUUUUAAAGUAUAUGUACUUUGUCAGUAAUAUAUUGCGGCACAUUUAUUUGUAAUGUUCCAAUAUCGGUUUGUCUUUAAUGGAAAGUUUUCAGUUGCUUUUUGUCAUGACCGCGUAUACAGAAUUCAGAUCUCUGCUACCCACGAACCCCACAGUGCCUGAUCGAAGAAGAAAACAAAUCCUUUUUAUCGCAGUGUACCAGGCAGUGUCCUCAGGAGUUUACUAAAUGACCCUGUUUUAAAUAUCACUAACAGAUGAUGAAGUCAAUUUUAAGGCUGUGAUUUUAGGAUGGUAAAAUGCAUAUUAAGUAAAAUACUAAGUGUGGAAAUUAAUGCAAAGGAAGGUGUGCUGAGGUGUGAAUUCUUUAUGCAAAUAUACCUCACAGUGUUGGGUAUCGACCACUGGUGGGUAACUUGUACUGCACUCGGCCUGCCGUUGAGUCUUACUGCAGGACGCCGGUCAUUUCUCUCACUAGGGAAACCCAAUGUUUCAGUGUGGUUUGUCGAGUUCCAGCCGUUAGUGGAGUCCACGUCGCGUCUUUAUGGAGACAUGUCAUACCUUAGCAAUGCAUUUGUUUUUAUAAGAAUUAUAAACUGUAAUAAAUCGGUAACACCAAAGGGAUA